CCGCGCUUCCUUAAGUCCCGGGUGGAGGCAGCUGCGGGAGCAGCGCGGAGCAGGUUGUGGACUAUGUCUUCGGCUGAUCCAACAGAAGCGCACACAAACGAGCAUUUCCCCAGUCUGGCACUAGGAAGCAACAACAAGUCUGCAGAAGGCAAGCGUAGCCCUGGCGCUGGCGGCCGGUCCCAGGACAGCCGGGCUUCCAAUGGGAGCGUGGAUUACAGCAGGUCUCAGUGCUCCUGCACAAGCCUGACUUCUCACAAUGACUACUCGGAAGACUUUCUCUCUGAGUGCUCUGAGGCAGCUGUCAGCAGACGCCAGUCAGAGAAGCCUCUGGCGAAGGAAAAGGAGAAAAGAAAGUACAAUCCUUGUAAAUUCCCCCAGCCUAAAGGCCAGAAGGACAUCCCGGCUGACAAAAAGCAAUUCUGGAACGCUUCGUUGAUCAGUUCUCAAAUCCAAACGAUUGCCAAGAGAAGAGACACCAUGACACAUCGGAUACUGUCAGCCAGGCUUCAUAAGAUCAAAGAGCUGAAGAACGAGCUGGCGGAUGUACAUCGGAAGCUGGAAGCCUCUGCCAUAGAAAACCAAUUUCUGAAGCAGCUUCAGAUUAGACACCUGAAAGCCAUAGGGAAAUACGUGAACUCUCAAAACAACCUACCUCAAAUUACAGCCAAGCACCAGAAUGAGGUGAAGAACCUUCGACAGCUCCUCCGGAAAUCCCAGGAGAAGGAGCGAGCUGUGUCCAGGAAACUCCGAGAAACGGACAGCGAGUUACUGAGGACCAAAGACGUCUUGCAAGCCCUGCAGAGACUCUCAGAAGACAAAAACCUUGCAGAGAGAGAAGAACUGACUGAUAGGUUGACCGAUCUUACAGUCAAAAUGGAAGCAAAUGAUAAAAAAAUACAGAACUUGGAAAAACAGCUGCGGCUGAACAAUCGGUCCUACAGUCGACAGCUGGCCAAAGAAAACCGGAAGACGCUAGCAGCUCAAACAGCGACAAAGACUCUGCAGGCAGAAGUGAGACAGCUGCAGCAGAAGCUUAAGGAGAAGGAUCGUGAGCUGGAAAUCAAAAACAUCUAUACUAAUCGAAUACUUAAAAACUUAAAUGAUAAGGAAGAUUAUCCAAAAGUUUCUUCAACAAAAUCAGUACAAGCAGACAGGAAAAGUUUGCCAUUUGUGAAUAUGAGACACCAGGAAACUCAAAAGUCAGAUGCCCCAUUUUGGAUAACUAAGGGUCGAAGGGGGAAAGGAAACAUUGUUCAUAAAGAAAAAGCAACAGAAAUAAACCAUGAUAUUCCUUACUAUGUGUGUAAACUACCAAAGCAAGAAGAGUCUAAGAGAAAAUAUGAAGCCAAUCUCACCGUCUUAAAGAGCAUGCCAUCUCCUCCAGCUUCCUGGGGACAGGUGGCCACUGAGCAGAUCUGUGCCUUCCAUCUGGAAUGUCACUCUUGUACCCAUACAGAUUUAUCAAAGGAGGUCGAACACCGGAAACCACAAACUUCUCUGGAAACUCCUAGGAGGCCAAAAGAGAAAAAGGAAGACCAAGAAAAGAGGGCCAUCCCAGCAGAAGCAGAGCCAACUGCAACUGCAAAGGAAAGCGAGGCCCCCAAGGACGCCGAGGAUAAGGCCCUGACCAGGGCGGCCGGCAAUGCAGGCGAUGCGGGCAAUGUCCGCGAGGUGGUCGGGGCGCACGAGGUGGUCGGGGCACACGAGCUGCCCGGGGCGGAUGAGGCCCCGUGCGAUGUCGAGCCCGGGCGCGGCAAGAGGAAGACCCCACGGUCGCGGAAGCACUACUCCUUCACCGAGGCCACAGAAAACCUGCACCACGGGCUGCCUACCUCCUGCAGGCAGGUUUUGGGCAGCUCGCACUGCCGCUGCCGCCACGGCAUGGGCAAGCACCGCAGCGAGCAGGAGCUGCGGCUAGAGCCUGCCGGCUACGAGCCCUCGUUCGGCAAGGGGGCCGGGGCCAGGGCCAGGGCCAGGGCCGGGGCGACGGCGUUCCGCGACAGGAAGAGCAGCCUCAUGGAGGAGCUGUUCGGCGCGGGCUUCGCGGGCAGGGCGGGCUCCAGCGACAGCGAAGCAGUCAGCAAGUCCCCGCAGACCGGGCCACAGGCCUCUGCCGGCAACGCCUUCGGGGACUCCAGAGCCACAGUGGCAAGGUCCAUCCAGGCCUCACCUACCGAAGUCAACAGGAAGACUGUUGUUUAAAUGCAGCAGUCACCUGAUACAUUCUGGUUGUAUACUAGUUAUGUGCCUUUAAUCUUAUUUACCAUGUGAGGGCUUACAUAGUGUCUG